UAAGAAACAUGUCAUCAUGAAACGGGAUGGCGAUUUCUGCACCUCAUCGUAUUGCAGAAGCGCCGCAGCCUGAAAGUCUGAAAGGAAGAUGCGUUUUCACCAUCCAGCUGCAAUUUUGCGUGAAGAAGAAUACUCAUCUGGAACCGCCAUGCUGGCACUGCCAAACAACAGAAAUAUGCAGUUGUGUGGACUUUGAACGAACAUGUGACGGUCCUACACCGCACAAGAGACUUCCACGGACAAGAACACCACUUGACGGCAGUGUAUGCGGAUUGGGCCAACCACUACCUGGACAAGGCGCGCGAGCCAGAAGGUGCCCGACAUCAUUCGAAAACCAAAAAAUUCUUCCCAAAUGGUAA